AUGCGAUCUUUCUUUCAAAAUUUUGAAAAUAAUGAUCUUGAUGGUGGUAUUCGAAGUUUCAAGAUGCAUGAUAUUGUGCAUGAUUUUGCUCAGUUUUUGACCAAGAAUGAAUGUAUCACACUAGAAGUUGAUCAUGGUGAAGAUAAAUUAGUUUCACUUGAUGAAAAAUCUCAUCAUCUAUCCAUAGUUGUUCAAUCUGGUACAAAAUUCCCAGCUCCAAAUUACAACAAAUUGAAUGAAAAGAAUAUUCGUAGCUUAUUUAUUGUGCAAAGUAGAAGACUUUUUAUUGAUAGUUCAUUGUUCUCACAACUUAUGUUCUUGCGGAAAUUAUCUUUAAUUGAAUGUAGUCUUGAGAUGCUAGAAGAGAGUAUUGGUCAAUUAAUACAUUUUAGAUAUCUCAAUUUAAGGCGAAACUUCAAUCUAAAGAGAUUACUUGAAGGUAUAUGCAAUUUAUGUAACUUGCAAACUCUAAAUCUAUCGCGUUGCUUCUCAAUUAAGAGAUUGCCAGAAGGUAUAGGAAAAUUGGUAAAAUUAAAACAUCUCUACAUUGAUGGGUGUGACUUGGAGGGAUUGCCAAGGGGAAUUAGCGGGCUGUCUUGUCUUCAAAGAAAUUUUAAAAAUGCAACUGAGGCAGAGAAUUUAGGUCGUAAGAAUAUUGCCGUCAGCAGAGGUGACGGUUUAGAGCUCGAUUUUAGGAAGUUGAAAAAGGAGUGUGGUUUCGAAGAUGAUAGUGAUACACUUGAAACCUUAGAACCAGAUCCAUACUUGAAGACCUUGAUCAUCUGGAACUAUAUUGGUCUUGUUAUGUCUCGUAGUUAG